AUAAAAAUGAGACCAAAAAGAAAAUGUGUUGCAAUAAACCAACAAAUCUCUGAUGAUGGUGACGAGAAAAAAGUUGUCAUCAAUUCACUGGAUCAUGACUCGUUAGCAAAAAUCAUCAUGUUGUUGCCAAUACCAGAAAGGGUAGACAUAGAAAGAGUUUGUACCAAAUGGAAAGAGGCAUCACAACUAGCUUGGUAUGACAUUAAAGAAUACAGAUGUGAAUCAUCAAUUGGACGUUGUUAUGAUAACCGUUUGCUAACACAAUCAUACCUUGAGAAAAUAUUAUUAAGAUGUGGUAAAUAUCUAAAAGAAUUGUAUCUCUCAGAUAUUUUUGAUUCAAGGAUCAUGCCAUUUGUUGGUGAUCACUGUAAAAAUUUAACAACCUUGGAAUGUGAAUUUAAUGAUAAUUUCUUAAUUAAUAAUGCUGAUCAUUUUGUUCAAGCAUUUACACAAUUGAAUAAAUUAAAAUGCAUUGAAAUGUUACUUAACCAUACAACAGAAAUACAAGUAAUUAAUCUAUUUCAAAUAAUUAAUAGUCUUCCAGAAGAAAUUCAUGAAAUUCAUAUACUUAAUAGAUGUUGGUGGCCGGAUAAUACACGAGCAGUUUUUUUCACUUUAAAAAAAUUUAAAAAUCUUCAAAAACUGACUUGGAUUGGCUACUACGUAGACGAAUUCCUUCUCCAAGAAAUAGCAGAAGCAACAACACUUGUUCAUCUUAAAAUUCAAUUAUAUGCUAUAACCACAGAGUUUCCUCUAUUCGAUAAACUUGUUAAUUUGGAGUAUAUUCAAAUAGAGAUUGGAGGACGUAAUUUAUUCAAGGAAGUCUCUACAAAAGCACUUGACACUAUUUUUUGUAAAUGCAAAAAUCUAAAACAUCUUGAUAUUGCAAGUGACUUUGAUCUUGCUAAAAUUCCUUUGGAAAAAUGGAAAAACUUGAAAAAUUUAGAAUAUCUUACUUUAUCUUGCGAAGAAGUAUUACCUGACUUGGCAGAUACAAUUGUUAAAUAUUGCAAGAAUUUAAAACACUUGUCCAUAAUUUCUUUAUGUGAUAUUAUAGAGACAAAUGUUGUGAAAAAGUUUACAAAAUUAAAAAAUCUUAAAAGUUUAGAGAUUUGUCAUGAACGCCUCAGUGAGGAAGAAAUAAUCGCAAUUUCAAACAAUUGUAAAAAACUUAAACGUUUAGAACUUGUUGGUAUCGAAGUAUCAACAGGUAUUGAUAAUGAUGACGAACUUUAUUCUACAUCUGUUUUAAAAGAGUUAUCAAAAUUACAAUAUCUUGAACAUCUAAGCUUGGGUAAUACAGAUGGUAUUGAAGAUAAUACAAUUAUUGCUAUUGCUAAUAAUUGUAAAAACUUAAAAAGUUUAAAUAUCCAAGGAUACAAUAAGAUUACUGAAACAGCUCUCUUUGCUUUAACAAAGUUGAAAAAUUUAGAAAUACUAAAAGUAGGGUAUUAUAAUAUUUCCGACAGCUUCAUUAUCAGGUUAAAAGGAUUAAAAGUAUUUGAUUGUAAUGAUUGCAAGGAACUUACUGAUACUGGUAUUAUUCAAUUUAUAAAAAACAAUCCAGAUCUUGAAAAGCUUAGUGUCCAAGGUAUAAAGAAUAUUACAAUUGACUUGGUUAUUGGUGCUGAUCAGGCAACUAAACAUCGUACAAAUGGCAUAAUUUUACACAUACGAAUAUCUAAUAAGUCAAUAAUUGAAGCUUCUAAGUCAAUAAUUAAAUCUCAAUGGUUGGUUGUUACUAGUUAAAGCAUAGAUUUAUCCUUAAAAUUAAUUUCAAUUAAUCGUAUAUCUUUCUCUCUAAUUUAUACGCUAUUAAUAUUCUUCUAUAUAAUGUAUCCUUAAAAACACAUACGAAAAUACGUUAUCAAGUCAAAGACAUUGUAAAAGAAGAUUAUUAUUAUUAUUAUUAUUACUACUUGUUUUCUAUACCACUUGAAAUCAUAAAGAUUCAAAUGUCAAUGUUAAUUUUUUUGUAAAACAACAGUUUUAGUUUUAGUUUUAACAAAACAAGGUUUAAUAAUAAAAAUACUUUCUCAAAUAAUUUUUUGUAUUAAACAUACUUUUUGUGUGGACAUGUUGUCAAUGCAUUUAAACGUGUACAAGUCAGUUAAAUAAUAAAAAUUAGAAACGAGAAAUUUUCUUUUUUUGUAUGAGUACAAUUUUUAUUCUUCAAUGUAAAUUAUGUUUAGUGAAAUACAAAUUAUAAGCUUUACACUAUUUUCGUUGACUGAAAAAUGAUUAAAAUAUUCUAAAUUAAAUUUCUUAUAUAAAAUUGAUAAUUAUCAAUUUAAAUUAAUCAAUAAUAAUUUUGACUAAAUAUAAAAC